CAGGAUAUGCUGCUUGAGGCUUUGAGCAAUCUUGAGUGUAGGAGGUGCUGCUUGGGUCUCUCCAUACUAAUCUAGUUUUCCCAAAUUCUUUUUGUUUGACUCGUGUCUUAAUUUCCUAGAAUGGUUGACAGUGUGGAAUGCCUGAGUCUGACAGGUACUUUGGCUCUGCUCAUAGUCUUUCUUAGGCGAAUAGCACCUUUAACUCAGCCACACAAAUAAAUGAUUUAAGACGCGAAGUGUCAGAGGAGAGGUGGAGAUUUCAAAGAGAAGAAAGGGACCUAAGACUAAGGAAAAGAGUGCCUAUGGCUCCUAAAGGUUGGCUUAGAAAAUCAACAGCCUAGGUAGAGGUCUUAACCCAUUUAAGCACAUGGAUGCAUGCCACUAACCUGCUUUCUUUAAGAUAGUCAAAAUAUUUUUAUUAGAAUAUUUGUAAUAAAAAGCCAUACAUAUCCUGUGUUAUUACUGGUCCAGUUCUGGAGCAACACCUCAAAGAAUAAAGAGAUAAAUAGAAAAACUAAGGGGAAUAUUGCAGUUUAAAAACAUCUCAUAUGGAAUUGAACCAAUGGAAGCUGUAUCAGGAUUCAUGCACAUGAUUCAUGAAGAAAAAAAUGAUAUAACGAAUGUUCCUCUGUUAUGGGAAAAUGACACUUAUAUCUAUGAUAGCUCACAGUAUCAAGUCAGAAAAAGUUCAGAAAGACCUGGCUAUUUCAAGUUAUUCCCCCGAUAUCUUGAUAUGUAUAUUGUUGUGGAUAAAAAUCUGUUUGAUUACAUGGGCUCUGAUGUAAAAGUUGUAACACAGAAGGUUAUUCAGAUCAUUGGCUUUGUUAACACUAUGCUUACCCAGUUAAAACUGACUGUUAGAAUAUCUUCCAUAGAGAUUUGGUCAAACAAAAACAAAAUUUCUAUUACAAGAUAUCCUAAUCAUAUAUUAUAUAGACUUUUAGAAUGGAAAUACGAAUUUCUCUCCCAACCUCAUCAUACUGCAUACUUAUUUGCCUUCCAGAAAACUCCUACUUUUAUAGGAGCCACACAUCCUGCAAAAAUAUGUGAUAAGAAUUUCGCUGGAGGAGUUGCUUUGUAUUCAGAGGGUUUAUCCUUGGAGUCAUAUGCUCUCAGUAUUGUGCAGUUGCUUGGCCUUAAUAUGGGAAUGAGUUAUGAUAAUACUGAGAUCUGCCAUUGUUCGGGAGAUGUUUGCACAAUGUCACCAAAAGCUGUGCUAUCUGGGGGUAUAAAGGAUUUUAGCACUUGUAGCUUGGAUGACUUUAAAUAUUUUGCUGCACAUUCCGGCCUUGAAUGUCUUCAUAAAAUCCUUCCUGAUGGGCCACUUCACAAAGAGAGGAAGAUGUGUGGCAAUGCAAAGUUGGAAUCAGGUGAAGAAUGUGAUUGCGGCACUUUACAGAAUUGUACACAUCCAGACUGCUGUGAUCCUAGAACAUGUAAAAAGAAAAAAAAUAAAAUAUGUGGUUCGGGGGAAUGCUGCACACGAGAUUGCAAGAUAAAACCAGUUAAUACACCUUGUAGGCAACCAGUUGAUGAAUGUGAUUUUCUAGAAUUCUGUGAUGGGAGUAAUGCACACUGUGUGCCUGACACUUAUGCACGUGAUGGACAGAGUUGUGAUUCUGGCGACUCCUUCUGUUAUAAAGGACGAUGUCGGUCAUUUACCAGACAGUGCAGAAAAUUAAUUGGAGGAGCAUCUAGAGGUGCUCCAUUUGCUUGUUUUGAUGAAAUAAAUUCCAGAGGAGAUAAAUUUGGAAACUGUGGCCGAAACAAUUGUGAUUACCCCAAUAUGUUAUGUGGAAAAUUAGUUUGUACCUGGCCUCACAAAGCUUUAGUAAGACGCACAAAUUUAUCUGUGAUUUAUACACAUGUACGAGAUGACAUAUGUACAUCAACAUUUCUAAACACAGAGAAGAAACCUAGAGAUACAAUGACCACAGUUGAAAAACCUGAAGACAGAGAUCAAACAUUUGUAGAAGAUGGCACUAUGUGUGGUCCUGAAAUGUAUUGUCUGAGAUUUAACUGCGUAGAGCUUAAAUACCAUGUCAGUUUUCGGAGUUGCAAUUCUACCAGAGAUUGUAAUUCAAGUGGAGUCUGCAACAAUUUUAACAAUUGCCAUUGUAAAAUGGGGUUUGCUCCUCCUCGUUGCAAGCCGAUGGCAGGAGAUUUUGGAAGUAUUGAUGAUGGACACAGGGGCAAAGUUGGUAAAAAGCUUUUGCAGGAGAGAUCUCUCAGUCAUCCAAAACACAGAUUUCAACUCAUUUUCUACAUUUCUCUACCUGUGUUCAUCAUUACUAUUGCUGUUAUAAUAAUGCAGAGUAAAAUAAGGGAGCUAUGCUACAGAGGAGAACCUGAAAGUGAGAGAUCUGUGUCAGAAGAAAGCAGCAGUAACAGCAAGUUGUCACUCAGUGUAAGUAACAGUCUCUAACAAUCUUGGCCUGAAGAGAGGAUGGUACCAAAUAAAUCACCAGAAACUGGC